CCGGCCCCCACCCGCCCGACGCAGAGGUUCCGGCGGCGCCCGCCAUAGCCUUUCAUUGUCGCCGCCGACGCCGCCAUUCGCGCCGCGGGGCUGCCCCGCGGGGGGCGGGGGACAGAACCAGCUCUGACAAGAGGAAUAAACAUCCAAAAAACCCCAUCCAUUUUCCCAACUAUCCCAAAAACCAUGGAAAAUCCAAAUUAUCCCAACACUCUUUAUUCCCCUCAACUUCCUCAUGAUUUUCCACACUUUUAAAGCCUCAAAUCCCAUUUUUGGCAGGGAUUUUUUUUUUGGGGAUUAUUUUUCCAAAUUCCUUGGCUCAGCCAGGAAUUUUUUUUCCAGCCUGCAUGGACAGAGCAACCUUUGCCUGUUCCACCGCUUUUUUCCGGGAUUUUGGGAAUUCUUCUCCGCGUGCUCUCCCCGGGGGCCACGUGGAUUUUAUAGACAAAGCCGAUUCCUUCACUUAUUCCGAUUUUUUCCGGGAUUAUCUCAUUCCCAACCAUCCCUGCAUUUUCUCGGCCAAGUUCACCGAGGAUUGGGGCAGCAGGAAAAAUUGGGUGACGUGGGAUGGGAAACCCAACUUUGAGCAUCUCCUGCAGAAGUUUGGAGAAGCCGUGGUGCCCGUUGCCAACUGCGAUGUCAAGGAAUACAAUUCCAACCCCAAGGAGCAGCUGCCCUUCAAGGAAUACGUGGAAUAUUGGCGGGAAUACAUCAGGAACGGCUACCGCUCCUCCCGGGGCUGCCUCUACCUCAAGGACUGGCACCUGAGCAGAGCUUUUCCAGAGCAGGAUGUUUACACCACUCCCGUGUAUUUUUCCUCGGAUUGGCUCAACGAAUAUUGGGAUGCCGUGGCCGUGGAUGAUUUUAGGUUCGUCUACAUGGGACCCAAGGGAUCCUGGACGCCGUUCCAUGCCGACGUCUUCCGCUCCUACAGCUGGUCAGCCAACGUCUGUGGCAGGAAGAAAUGGCUCCUGUAUCCCGCGGGACAGGAGGAAUUCCUGAAGGAUCGCCACGGGAAUCUCCCCUUUGACGUGACGGCUCCGGAUCUUCGGGAUAAGAGGAUUUAUCCGCGCUACAGCCAGAGCCAACCCCCUCUGGAAAUUCUCCAGGAAGCCGGAGAGAUCGUCUUCAUUCCAAGCGGGUGGCACCACCAGGUUUAUAACCUGGAAGACACCAUCUCCAUCAACCACAACUGGGUCAACGGCUGCAACGUGGCCGUCAUGUGGAGCUUCCUGCAGGAUGAGCUGGCGGCCGUCCAGAGGGAAAUCAGCCAAUGGAAAGAUCCCAUUGACGACUGGCACCUCCAGUGCCAGCUGAUCAUGAAAUCCUGCACAGGCAUCGACUACAAGGAAUUCUACAACUUCCUCAAAGUCAUCGCGGAAAACCGGAUUUCCGUCCUGGAGAAGGGCCUGGAUGAGGAAUCCUCAUCCCAGAACAAUUCCAAAGCCGCCAUUUCCACCCUGGGAAUGCUGCACGCCGUGUUCGACCUGAAGAGGACGGUGAAGGUGCUGAGCUCGUUAAGCGCUAACGAGGAUUUCCGGAAGCUGGAUCUGACUUCCCUGUCUCCUCCUCCGGAGGCUCUGCUCCAGCACCUGGAAUCGGCCAUAGACACGGCCCUGCUCUGAAUUCCCGCUUUUCCAAGAUGUUUUCCAAAGGUUUGGAGGAAAUGGACUUGGAGAAGAGCUUUACUCCACUGGGAGGAGGGAGAACAUCUGGAAAGGAGGGAGAACGUUCCCAAAGUUCUGAGUGGUUUGGAGGAGUUAAGGA